UAUACAGUGUAUCAAUUUGAAUCCAAUUUCGGUUUUUCUGUCGCGUGCGGGUUUAAUUUUUUCCACCGAUUCGUGCUCGGUUACGUUUUUGCGGUUGCCGUUUUAAAUUUCGCGUUCGUCAUGAAAUCGUUCCUGGUCAUCCUAGCCUGCGUUGCUUGCGCAACGGCCUUCCCGGAGCCGCCUCGGGGACGCAUCGUCUUGCCGGCCAAGCAGCUCCAGCUGCCCGAACAUGAGUACGGUCCACCAAAGCAGGAGUACGGUCCGCCGAAGGCCGAAUACGGACCACCUCCAGCACCCGAGUACGGACCCCCGGCCCCAGUCUACGGACCACCAUCGCAUGAAUACGGACCACCACCGGUACAGAAGCUGAUCACCAAGAACGUCUACGUGCACGUCCCUCCAGAGGAGCCAACCGAAAUCAUCAAGAGCCCCGUCCUGGAAGCUCCCAUCCCCAAGAAGCACUACAAGAUCAUCUUCAUCAAGGCUCCGGCUCCUCCAGCACCAAUCCAGCAAACCAUCCCACCCCAGCCCCAGGACGAACACAAGACUCUGGUCUACGUGCUGGUCAAGAAGCCAGAAGACCCGGCACCAUUGGAACUGCCACAGGCUGAACCAACUGAACCCAGCAAGCCCGAAGUCUACUUCAUCAAGUACAAGGCCAACGAGAAGAAGCCAGCCGAUACCUACGGACCUCCAGCCAACACCUACGGACCACCAUCGGGACCUACCGGUCCAGCUCGUUACCAACAGUUCUAAAAUUUCUUCUUUAGCCUUCCGAACCAAACCCAAGUCCUCCAACAAAUCUCUAAAUAAGGCUAUUGUUAUUUGUUAUUGUUGUUUGUUAGAUUCAAUUGUUAGAUUAAGUUAGAAACAUUCGCUCGAGGUGAGAUUGCUCCCUGCCGUCACAUAUUCUCCAUCCAGCUGUAAAUACUAAUCCACAAAUCCCUACCCGCCCAUCAAAACCCAAUCCCUCAAUCAAGCACGUCCCGUCCAAACCCAAUCCAUUCCCCGAAGAUCUCACCUCGCGUAGCAUUUAGGAAAAAAUAGAAGCAAAAAACUGAAACCACGUAGGUGUGCUAAGUGUCAAGCUUUCGUCCCAAGCCGAGCAGUAUCGUGGAAGAGUAGCUAGCUUGUAAGUGUUUGCCCUGCCCCCUUGAUCCCGUCCCCAACAAAUCCCUCCCAACCGAAGCAAUAAUCCGGUGAUUGUGUAAAUAUUGAUCCCCCCUCUCCGCCAUCGAAUCCCAAACCGAAGCAUAGGAUCAGUAACGGAAACAAUUCCUCCCCUUCCCGUCCACAUCAUUCCCCAGACCACUUCCAAGUCAAACCAAUGAAUUAAAACGUGACGAAAACCGAAUGAACUUGUAGAAGAGAGGAAUACUCCUCCCCCCUCAGGACCGCCAAAGUAAGAGAAAGAGAAACAAAAUAAAAUGAAGCAGAUGAAAAAACGA